AAGACAAAAUUCUUGAAUCACCAUGAAGAACCAGGAACAAUAAAUGAGCCCAAAUUCUGGGUUAGAACUGAAAUUCUUCAGAAAUCUUUUUGUUUUCCCUUCCUUUUAUCACAGAUGCUGAACCACCUCUCUUUACCCAAGAGGGUCCCGAUGACAUCACAUCCUCUCCAAAGAGCGACGCAGCCUCCUAAGUCAAGCGAGAUCAUCUCUGCUCCGCUGCACGCACCCACCCCAAGGACAACCACCCCUAGGAGAAGAUGGCCGGCUCUCCUGCACUGCUCCUUCUCCUCGCUCUGGGGCUCUGCUGCCCUGGCAUCUGGGGCCAGAGGUACAAGAUGACGGCCAGAUUUCGUGACAGCAGCAUCACACACCCCCAGCAGGGACAGCGGCUGGAGCUGCAGUGCCAUUCCGACAAGGAGGACAGCGGCGUAUCCUGGGUCCGCCAGGACAAGGAUGGGACCCUUCACUUCAUCGUCUUCAUUUCCUCCCUGGGCCGGACCACCUUUGAGCGGAAUGAGGGGACAGCCACACGCUUUGAGGCAAGAAAAGACAACAGCUUCUACCGGCUGGUAGUGAAGUCUUUCAUGACACAGGAUGAGGGGAACUAUUUCUGCCUCAUGAACAGCAACCAAAUGCUGUACUUCAGCCCUGGCCAGCCUGCCUUCUUCCCAGGUCAGCAACACCUCUACUCAACCUUGCUUAGCUCUGCCAAAAUACCCAGCACCCCCUCCCCAUGCCUUUUUUAACCAGUUGCCUCUCCCAUAAACCUCAUUGCCCUGCUUGCUUGCCCAAGGCAUCUUGUGACCACCGUACCUGCCCUCCUACCAGAG